AUGCCCAUCGUUCCAGAGCACUACAACGACGGCAACCGAGCCUUCCUACAAGCCUUCCUAGCCCGCGGCACCCUGACAUUCGAAGACGCCCAGCGCAUAUUAGCCACAAUUUUUACCAUCGAGUCCGAGGAUGGCGAGGAGGUCACCCCCGAUCAAGUGACACGCGACGACUUUGAGUCCUACGUCGGCGCCGCAGCCGAGGCUGCUUCCUUCUUUGACUACGAAAUCCGAAGCACCGUUCAUCAAGUCAACAAGAAGCGCAUCUUCGCCCUCGUGAACACCGCCUCCGACCCCAUGACGCAACUCGCGACGACCUUCAACGCCGAGCAAAUCGCAUUCACUAAGAGAUUGUUGGAUGCUAUGUUCGAGACAUACAAUUCUAAGCGCAUGGAGGUCAUGGCAGUUACCGACAUGCAAGCCGUCAAGCUGGCCCGUCCCCCGCGUCAGAACAACAACCAUAACGACGAGAACGGCGAACCGGCGACGCAAGCCGCUGCAGAUAAGGGAUUGAAGCACAGCGAGGUUGAGGAGAUGCUGGCAAACCUAGUGAAUCAAGGUUGGCUAGAGAAGUCGAAGGACGGUUUCUACAGUCUGAGCCCGCGAUCGCUGCUCGAGCUCCGUGGAAUGCUCGUCGAUUCAUACAACGACCCCGACGCGGCGGCAGAGGAGUGGCAGCGAAUCAAAUUUUGCGAAGCGUGCAAGGAGAUGGUCACCGUCGGCCAGAGAUGCUCCAAUGUGGACUGCAAUGCGCGAUUACACGACACGUGCCAGGAGGCGUAUUGGCGGACGCAGCGCAGCCGGAAGUGCCCGCGGUGCUCCAAGGAAUGGGACGGUAGGCUCUUUGUUGGCGAAAGGGCGGUUACCAGCACAGAUGCCUACCAGAGGGGCCGCCGCAAGAGCGGUGGGCGUAAAAGCAACGCAGCGGACGAGGUCAUGGAUGGAAACGGGGAUGAAGAAGAAAGCGAAGUCGAGGAAUGA